AUGUUCAAGCCUGACUUUUUCGACAAAGAGAAAGGAAAGUUCAUCUGUGCGUCGCCGACUGUCAAAGGCUAUCCUAGAAUCCUCUUCAACGUCUACUACAAGCCUGGUGCUACGACAGUGCAGGCUGAAUGUCGCUCAAUCACUCUUAUGAACGCUCGUUCUGAGUCUGACAACCAGAUCUUUGUCACAGGUGGCCCAGGUUCUGGCAAAACUACAACCGCUAUGAGUCUUGUCCCACCUGUCAUCUCUGACUCCACCAAUAUCGCUGUUGCUGUGAAGCAAGACAAGACGGAUGCUAAUGAUGUCGACUUAAAAUAUGAAGACAACGCUGAGGACGCCGAGGAAGAGCCAGUGGGGAAAGCAAAAGUCGCAUGGACAACCGGAAAGAACAAUCUGGCUGAUUAUGCUCCCCAUCGUGCAUCCCUGGCCUGUCCUGACAAGGUUAUGGCUCGUCUCUUGCCUUGGAAACGCGAGUUCACCAAUCUCAUGCGCAUCAACGAUGUCGAGCCUCGCGUUACCGACACCUCUGUCAAUCCCAAAGCGUCCAAUGCCAUCGUCGGAUUGUCGAAACAUACUGACUCGUACAAGGCCAAGAGAUUCGAGGAUACCCACCUUACCCGUGUUCAUGCGUCUUUGUCUGAAAUGGCACGUCGUAUAGUUCAAGACAAAUCCGACGACUGGCCUUUGAUCCUCGUCGCUCGCCAGGAGGCUCUCAAGGAUCCAGAGGCUUACGCACUUAAUCGUGCCAAACAUGAAGAAGCGUAUCGCAACCUGUUGGAGCACGCGUCAGCUGAGCUCACUCCUGAUGCUGCCUCCACGAAGAGAAUUGGCCAGCUUCUCCCAGGCUUCCAUCUCGACGGCGUCUCUCUCCAUGACAUCUCCACAGAUGACGCCCAGGUCAUGGCAACCCUCAAAGCGUUCGUCGCUGAUGACUUGUCUGAGCUUGCUUCCCAGGCAAAGGCUUCCGACGUACUGGCCGAGUUGCUGGGCGAUGCAGACCUCACCGACCCUGCUAAUGACAUUUAA